GCAGAGCUUUAUACCUGCGGAUCUAAGCUCAUUUUCACACAUGGGAGAUGGUGCUCUUGGCCGGUGCAGUCGCCAUAUAUCACUGAAUCCCGAGCAGUUACCAGCACCAGUUCUGAAGAAGCACCAGAAAUACAAACCUACUCAGCUGGCUCCUGCAGGCAGUCAGUGUUUCCACCAAGGUGCACAGCGUGGUGAACACCAGCUCUAUGAUGAUCACAGCUGGCUAAGUUACACUCUGCCACAACAGGACCUUAACUACAGGCCUCACUUCUCUCUUGAUAUGAAGACCAAGUCGUCCAAAGGUCUGAUCCUCCAUGUGGCAGGGAGAGGAGUCGUGUCGCUGCUGGCUCUGUACAUGGCCAACGGCAAGAUCAAGGUGUCACUGGGUCAAAACAGAAUGAUCGAACACAAGCAGAAGAGCAACGACGGGAACUGGCACAGAGUUGAGUUCAGUGUGGAGAAGAGCACCUUUCAUCUGCUGGUUGAUGGAGUCCGUGUGACCGAUGGUCGCCUACCGAACAAUGAGGGAUCGUCUUUAGACCUGCACAACCCUGUGUACCUGGGAAGUGAUCUGAAAGGAAGAACCACAAAAGGACACACCAUUCCCAUGAACAGUGUUACUGGCUGUAUACGCAAUUUCAAAAUGAAUGAUGUCGCUGUUGGAGAACCCGGGGGGAGACAUAAAACAUUACCCUGCUUCGAUGGGCCAAUGGAAAUGGGGACGUACUUUGGCGGUGGGCACAUCGUCUUAGGUUUGUAG